AUGGGCGAACGCGUUCCGCCAACCUUCCGUCCGAACGCUAUGAGGCCGGACUGCGACAUCACGGGUCCGGCGAACCCUAACCACAUCAACUUGAGUUCGGACGCUGGUACCAAUGCACUGCUGGUAGACAUUCGAUUCGAUGGCAUGAAGUCGGACACUGGAGUAAUUGAUUUCGCUGCGAACGUCAAUUUGAUCGACCCCUACUCGGACAUCAAUGUGACUCGUGGUCCCAGGAUGGAUCCCGAAGUCCGAUGCGACCCUCCCAGGUGCAUUCUUAGUUACGAUGUCGACAUGAUCAAAUUUCAUUCGGACAAUGGGGCUGCCGGUCUGACGGCCGACGUCGUUGCGAUUGACGAGAGCUCCAUACCCCAUGAUAACAUUGAGGCUACCCAGUCGAACUCGGGCGCUGAAGCCGGAGCUGUGGCUUCCAUCCCCCGGGAUGCCGUGAAUGUCACAAAGGCGAGCUCGAAGUCCAAAACCACCAGCGUGGGCUCUGUUCCACCCAAUACCGUCAACUCCUGGUCCUUUGCGCUUGCCGCCGGAUUGUGUAGUAGGCUGGCGGCCAUCAAACUGCAACAAACUGGCUGGGAAUGGUCCUCCGGGACGUCCAACCUACCCCAAUGGUUUCUGGCUGCUCCAGGUCAGCCUUGGAUAGUCGCCAAGGAGACAAAGAUGAUAAAGAAGGGCGUGACCAUCAUGGGAUGGCUGCGUUGCGGCUUGUACCUUUUUUUCCGCACAGACUCGAGAGAUUUGCUUGGAGGAGAGAUCACGGAUUUGACUGCAUACCAUGAGCCUAACGGUUCACACAGGAUCAUGAGAAUGGACUUUGCUGCUUGGAACGACCUGAGUUUCUACGCCAUGGCCUCAUUGGAGGAUCACGAAGCUCUGGUCACUGGGCACCAUCUUGGCUAUUUGGCGGUUUGGGAUGUCCGAAGAGGUCAUAUCAUCUAUUCGCUCCGGGGCCUUCAUUACACUGUUUCCUGCAUUGUGGCAGAGAAGGACAUCAUCGUUGCUGGUAGCUUUGAUGGCACCAUUUGUGUCUGGGACAUCACCAGGAGCAACAACCUUCAUGCCUUACAAACCCUUAAAGGACACGCAGGCGCUGUGCUGUGUCUGAAGCUGCAUGACAAGUACCUUGUCUCUGGUGGUGAGGAUCGGGAUGCUCGCGUCUGGGACAUUGAAACAGGCGAAUGCAAGCAUGUGCUCCAAGGCCACGAGAAGGCAGUUCGGUUCGUAUGCAUGAGCGAGCAUGCAAUUGUCACUGCUGGCACGGAUGAUAUCCACUACUCAAAAUCGGAGAUCCUCAUAUGGCUGAAAAACACUGAAGAAUUUACGGCUGGUCGAUGCAAUUUCGGGUCCAGAGGCAGCGAAUUGGUGAACCAUCUCCACCUGGUGGGAAACGACUUAAUUGCAGCAGGGGACUAUGGAUCCGUCGUGAAGUGGGAUGUGACCAGUGGACAAAGGUUGGUUCUCUACCGCCAGGACUUUGAUGGGGUCGUUGCUCUGGCCACCUCGGAGAAGUUCGUGAUGGUUGGCAAGAAAGCCGGCGACUUGUAUCUGCUGGAUCAGGUGACUAUGCAUCGUGUCCGCCUCAUGGACUUUGCAUCAGAAAUCUGGAAGGUCGGGAUCCUGGAUGGCUCGCGGGUUAUCGCUGCAUACAAGCAGGAUGGUCAUGCCUACUUGACCAUCUGGCAUGUAUGA